CUGGAGAACCACCGCUUCAAGAGCUUCAAGAAUAAAGGCCGCGACGUAGAGACUAUGCGAAGACAUAGAAAUGAAGUGACUAUCGAACUUAGAAAGAACAAAAGAGAUGAGCAUCUUUUGAAAAAAAGAAAUGUGCCCCAAGAAGAAAAUCUAGAUGAUUCAGAUGUUGAUGCUGACUUCAAAGCACAAAAUGUAACACUAGAAGCUAUAUUGCAGAAUGCUACAAGUGAUAACCCUAUUAUCCAAUUAAGCGCUGUCCAGGCAGCAAGAAAGUUAUUAUCAAGUGACAGAAAUCCUCCUAUUGAUGACCUAAUAAAAUCUGGAAUUUUACCAAUAUUGGUAAAAUGUCUAGAAAGGGAUGACAAUCCUUCCUUACAGUUUGAAGCUGCAUGGGCCCUGACUAACAUAGCAUCAGGCACCUCUGUACAGACUCAAGCUGUUGUACAGUCAAAUGCAGUACCACUCUUCUUAAGACUUCUCCAUUCACCACAUCAAAAUGUAUGUGAACAAGCUGUUUGGGCUCUUGGAAAUAUUAUUGGUGAUGGUCCUCAGUGUAGAGAUUAUGUCAUAUCACUGGGAGUUGUCAAACCUCUUCUAUCCUUCAUCAAUCCCUCCAUUCCCAUCACUUUCCUCCGGAACGUCACAUGGGUCAUUGUAAAUCUCUGCAGGAAUAAGGAUCCCCCACCACCUAUGGAGACAGUUCAGGAGAUUUUACCAGCCUUGUGUGUUCUCAUAUACCAUACAGAUAUAAAUAUUCUUGUGGACACUGUUUGGGCUUUGUCCUACCUAACAGAUGGUGGCAACGAACAAAUACAAAUGGUGAUAGAUUCAGGUGUUGUUCCUUUUUUAGUUCCCCUUCUGAGCCAUCAGGAAGUCAAAGUUCAGACUGCGGCACUCAGAGCUGUGGGUAACAUAGUAACUGGUACUGAUGAGCAGACUCAGAUUGUUCUCAAUUGUGAUGUCCUUUCCCAUUUUCCAAAUCUCCUGACACAUCCAAAAGAAAAAAUAAAUAAGGAAGCAGUUUGGUUCCUUUCCAAUAUUACUGCAGGAAAUCAGCAACAAGUUCAGGCUGUAAUAGAUGCUGGACUUAUCCCCAUGAUCAUUCACCAGCUGGCUAAGGGGGAUUUUGGAACACAAAAAGAAGCUGCUUGGGCAAUAAGCAACUUAACAAUAAGUGGUAGAAAAGAUCAGGUUGAAUACCUUGUGCAGCAGAAUGUAAUCCCACCAUUCUGUAACUUGCUCUCAGUCAAAGAUUCUCAAGUGGUGCAGGUGGUUCUCGAUGGUCUAAAAAAUAUUCUAAUAAUGGCGGGUGAUGAGGCAAGCACAAUAGCAGAAAUUAUAGAAGAAUGUGGAGGUUUAGAAAAAAUAGAGGCAUUGCAACAACAUGAGAAUGAAGACAUUUAUAAGCUUGCUUUUGAAAUAAUAGAUCAGUAUUUCUCUGGUGAUGAUAUUGAUGAAGACCCUAGUCUCAUUCCUGAAGCUACCCAAGGAGGUACUUACAACUUUGAUCCAACAGCCAAUCUUCAAACAAAAGAAUUUAACUUUUAAGAUCAAUACACUGCAGCUUCUCUAUCCUACACCAGUAAAACAUGCCACCAGAUGUCUAUCGUUGGAAAACAGACUCCAAGCAUAUGCCUCUUUGUCUGAUGCUUCUAAAGCAAGUUGUAUAUCAGUCACUUUGCAGUUGCCAAAAGUAACUAUCACAUGGACUGUAAAUGCAUAUGCAUGGUCUCAUAAACUGUUAAGAUUUUUAACAGUUCCUGCUACCUUUCCUGUCUCUUGGUUAUUGUUGGGGGGGUUUCCCCUUUUUACCCCCUGUUGCCACAUGCUGAUCACUGCAGACUGCAGUUUUAAAAGUAUCCCUUUGUGAUGGCACAUUGGCUUUCCACAGAAGAAUAGCUUUCUUUGGAAAACAGUGCACUGUGGAUCAAGACUCUUUAUGAUGCCUACACUUUGAAAAACUUACGAGAGGUCCUGUUUAUUUUUGGAGCCUCUACUAUUGUCCUCUACAAACAUAUUUCCAUAUGUUUAAUGUGGAAGAAUACAUGAUGAAAGUGCAAGACAAAUUAUUUUAUUGGUAAAACUGAAAUUUUUUUAAAAACUUAUCAAAAGAACUUGGUAAUUGAUUAGUUUUAAAAAACGGACAACAUAUAUCAAUUGUGUUCAUUACUGCCUUAGACACUUGAGUUCGGAGAAUGAGCAAUGUAUUUGGACUAGUAAAACAUGAUCAUUAUACCUAUCUUUUGAGAACAGCAAGCUGCACUUGACCACUCUUCAGCCUGUAUGUUCUGCCAUUUUUGAAAUAAUGAAAUGCUGUGCAUGGUAUUUUACCUGAGCUACAACCUGUUAUGGACUUGAAAACUUGGUUUUAAGUUGAAAGCAAGAGUCUUAAAAUAAGAAAAAAAGCUAUCCUAAAUGAGUAUUGGUUAACAAGAAUCUUGCUUUCAUCUUUCAGAAGUCACUAUGUUUUUGGUUUAAAUUUAUAAUUGAAUAAUGUUGAUUUAUAUUGGUUUAAACUGUGGAGCUUUCUUGUUUACUGUACUUUAGUCUUAAACUUUUUUUUAACUUACCAGUGCUUAUAAAGAUGUGGUUGGCAACAAACUAGCAACUAUUUUAGAAGCAUCAUAAAAGCCUCCUUCUUGGAGUAUUGGAAGAAUAAUAGAAAAGUAGUCUAUAAACCUUAUCAUAUAGUUAAAAUAUAUACUAGCUGUGUGAAGUCUUGUGGAAGCUGCUACUUUUCCGCAUAAGCAUAAUGUGCAGCUCACGAUGAAUACAUUACAUGAGCUGGUACACAGAAGUAGAGGGGAAACUGUCCAGUCUGGUUUUUCGGAGGAAUUAGGAUUGCUGAGGGUAGAAGUGAAAUUUUAACUGUAUAAGCUGUCAGACAAACUGAUACUAUUGCUGUUGUUCACUGGAUGUACCUCCCAAUGCCUUGAUGUGAAAGGACACAAAAAGCGUAAACUAAUGUAGUUAUUGGAUGUGGAUUGUAUUUACUGUGAUGAUGAUAAGGACAGAUGCCAUCAAAGCUUUGUUGAUCGGCUGUUUUUCCACUAAUGAGCAAGACAUUGCUGGUGUUCAUUCAUUAAAUAUAUCUGCCAAGGUAGAGCCACUUUAAAGAGUGAGUUGUCUUGUAUCUUGAAGGAUACAAGUAUGUGUUUUAAAGUGCAAGAUUUUUACUUGCUAGAUAAUCUGUUUAAUACAAUGGUUUGGCCUCUAUUUAUAGGUUUUAUAAAUUUUAAAAUCAAUUUCUCUUUAAGGUGGCUCAAACUUUUCAACUCUUGUGCACAUAAAAUUGAGUUGAAGUUCAUUGUGCCUUUUUUUCUUUACCCAAACAUUGAGUUAAUUUGGUAACUGUGUCCUGUUAACAUAUUAUAAUCUAAAAUACUGAAAUUGUGGUGUUUUUGCUAAAAAACAAAUUAGACAAAACCAAACCAAAAUUUGAUUUUGUCGUAGAUUUUGGAAUUUCAAAGCAAGUAUGCAGUUGAUGAUAUGAACAAAUCCCCUCAAACAGUAUUCCUAUGUUUUUAGUCAUAGAUUGCAUAAAACCUAAGAUUAAUGAUUUUUUUCACUACUGUGAAUACGGAGAUUUUUUUUCUUGCACUCAACUAGAGAUGAACGUAAGGAAAAUUGAUUUAUAACAGUAACUUUCUUUUUCUUCUCUCAGUCUUGUCACCUUAUCAACUCUUGACUGAGGUUCAACCAUUUUGUAGUUAAUAAAGGAAAUGAAGACUUGGAUCCAAAGAUCCUUCUAUGAGGAGCAGAAGGGACUCGGCAGUUAUGCUUGGGGAAUUGCUGGUUUUCCCUUCCCGCAUCCACAGCCUGCACAAAGUGGAAUCAGGAGGGCAGGAGACCCUUCAAUGCAGCUUUUCAGGGGGCAUAGGGGCUGCAGAUUGGGGGGAGAAUGGCAAUAUUCUUUCCUUCCCCACACGUGGAGGUAUUUUUCCAGUCAUGCAAAGAGGAGGGAUCUUAGCAUCCAAGCAAAAAAUAUAUUGCUGCACUUUUAAGUUUUCAGGUGUUUUUAACUGCAUUGUGUUCAUUAUUUUUUUAACUCUCAGUUAAUAGAUUAAAUUCUUCCUUAAAAGGAGGCAUCUAAAUGUGUUCCUAAUUUUGUAUAUGGGCUUAGGUUUUAUAAUCAAUAAAAAGCUGCUAUCAAAUAUGA